GCGAGCGCGAGCGCGACAGAUAAAGCGGGCGGGCGAGCGCGCAUCAGAUGCGAGAGAUCGGAUCGGGAGCGCGCUCAACAGUUGAUAAAGGCCAGCCGUGGGCCGAGGAGCAGCGUCGCAGGCUCGCAGCGGCCCCAGUGCAUCGCAAUCGAGAGUCGUCGCAGUGGUGCUCGGUCGCGCGCUCGCAGUCGGCUCGGCGCCGGGAAGAUGCGCGGCAGGACCGCGCGGCCCCAGGCAGCGCGCGUCGCCGGCCGCGGCAGCGGCGCAGCAUGAGCGGCGCCAAGAGCCAGAGCCAGGCCCGCGGCCGCGAGCAGGCCGCGGGCCGGGCCGCGCGGCUGCAGUACGGCGCGCUGGGCCUGCUGGACGCGGCCUUCUCCGCCGCCGUGGUCGGGCCCGCCGUGGUGGGCUACUGGCGCGGCACCUGGGCCCUCAGCGGCCUCUACAUCCAGCCGGCGCAGGACCCGCGGCUGGGCUGCCUGGCCGCCGUGCUGCUGGGCUUCUGCGGCCUGCUGGGCUUCAGCCUGGGCCAGCGCCGGCUGGCGCGCCUGCUGCGCCCGGGGCCCGGGCCCGCGCGGCGCGCGCUCGCGCUCGGCGGCUCGCGCGCCUACACCUACGUGUUCGGCUUCUGCUGCGUGAACGCCUGGCGCGGCGCCUGGCAGGCGCUCGACCUCUACACCGAGCACAGCCUGCUGCCCGUGGCCGGCACCACGGGCCUCAGCCUGCUGGCGCUGGGCCUGAUGCGCACGCUGCGCAACAUCUCGGCGCCGCCGUUCGCCAUCAGCCUCGACGGCUUCGCCAACUACUUCGAGGUGCCCACGCUGUUCCGGGUGGACGCCUCGCGGGACUGGGCUCUCUACGCACUGGACUGCGCCUUCAGCGUGGGCGUGGUAGGCACGCUGGUGGUGUUCGUGUGGCGCGGCGCCUGGGCACUGCUGGACCUCUACCUGUUCCCCGAGAGCCGCGAGCACUCGGCCGUGGGCUCGCUGGUGGUCGGCUACGCGCUGGUGGGCCUGGCGUUCUCAGCGCAGCCGCUGGCGCGGCGCGGCUGCGCGCGGCUGCAGGGCCUGCGCCGGCUGUUGCUGGCCGACCUCUUCCUGCUGCUGAGCUUCCUGGGCACGGUGAACGUGUGGCGCGGCAUCUGGAACGCGCUGGACCUGUACCUGCUGCCCGGCCGGCCGCAGGCCUCCUGCUGGCUCAGCCACGUCGGCUGCUUCCUGCUGCUGGUGCUGCUCAACUGCAGCAACUCGGUGCUGGUGCGCGGCGUCUACAUCGACGGCGAGGAGCAGGGCGGCCGCUGCGUCGCCUUCCCUUGCCACUACCUGCGCCUGCUGCUCCAGGAGGAGCGCCGCGGCAGGGAGGCCGCCGCGGAGCCGGGCGCCAAGCAGCCCGAGGGCGACGCGCUGCUGGCGGAGGCGGCCGCGGCCGCGGUCGCGCCCGCCGCCCCCGAGGCGGCCGUCUGAAGCCGCCGCCGCCGCCGCCCAGGACUGUAAUACUUAACUCGCUGCCCUCGGCGCCCCUGGCUCUGCUCGAAUUUACUAGCCCCUAAGAGUGCACUCGCGUCCAUCUGUGCCGGCGGUCCGCUGCGCUCUCGCGCGCGCGCUGCCGUGCGAUGCUCGGGACGGAGGCGAGCGCCUGCAGGUAUAUGUAUUCGCAUAUUCGCAUAUGUACGUGUAGCCUAUGUGUAAUUGAAGCAAUGUCAAUAAAUACAUGUGUUGUUGCUGUUCAAUAAAAACGCAAAU